AAGACCUUUGGGCUCAAUCAAUAGGAGCUUACACUGGCACCUGAUUGGAGCAGGCUACCAGUGGACAGUUUACACAGCAGCCCCUUACGUUGCCUGCAUCCCCAUCCAGACACAGAGGACAUUGAGGAGACUUCUUUCCGAGGAAGAUGGCUCCGAUGUUGGCUUUGCUGGUUCUUUCUCAAGUAGCUUUAUACACAACUGUAACACCCAAAAAAGUAUGUGGCCGACCUCCUGUCACUGACGGGAUUGACGAGUUGUCCCUUAAAGCAGUGUACGAGGUGGAAGAAGAAGUGACCCUCACAUGUGAACAGGGGUACUUGCCUUCAACAGCGACUCCUCGAAGGCUGAGCUGCACCACCACAGGAGAAUGGACACAGUCAGACCUGGCAUGCUCCCCUAAAAUGUGCCCAAUCCCUAGACCUCUGCAGCCAUUAGCACGGGGAAGGACAGAAGCUCCAUUUAAGAGUGUGCUUAACUUCACAUGUGAUGACGGGUAUGUCAUGCAAGGAGCCAAUGAAAGCAGAUGUUUACAUGAUGGUACCUGGAGCAAUCCAGCACCUCUCUGCAAAGCUGUGAACUGUGACCUGCCAAAGCCCCCUACAGAUGGAAGAAUUGCCCAUGAUAAGCCAGUUAGUGGAAGCACCACCAUCUAUGGACAAGGCUGGACAUACGAGUGUAACCCACCUAAAGCACCAAGUUAUGAAAGAGGAACCUGCAUGGCUGAUGGAAGAGCAACAGAGCCUCCAGUUUGUCGAGAUGUGAGCUGCACCAUCCCACCAAGCAUACCAAAUGGUUUCAUCACCUUUGCUGUGAUGAGACAACAUAGCUACAAAGAGACGGUUAAGUACGCCUGCAAUGAGCAUUAUGUUCUGGAAGGUGAGGCGGAGAUACAGUGCCAAAACACAGGAACAUGGUCCUCCAUGCCGGUUUGCAGAGCUCCUUGCAAAGUUGGCAUCAAAAGAGGCCGUAUUCUCUACAAUGCCAGGAAGCUCUGGAUUGCAGACCUGAAACCCAACAGAGUCCUCCAUGGUGAAAAUGUCACCUUCUAUUGUCUGAACAAAGCUGGUGAGAGGUGUGGGUACCCUGUCGCCAGCACCUGCAAUGAUGGAACGCUCUCAAUCCCAGAAUGCUUUGAGGAACCAGGGAAGGUGGACUACACCAUAAGAGCAAAAACCCUUCCAUCAGAAAUUGCCAUGUGUACUGCUUUACUCCCUGCAAGCCCCACAAGCCCUGCAAGAGCGGCAUAACUUUGCAUAGGAUGAUUUGAAACACCAUCUGCACAAUCAUAGAAUAUAAAUGAUUGGAUCAUGAAUAAUGGACAUGUAAUUAUAUGCUACACUGACAGAGGCCACAUCAACAGUAAUAGCAGUAAUUAUUGAUCAAAAAAUAAAAAACAAAGAAUUUUAUGAUUUAUUAUUAAAA